UUUUUUUUUUUUCACAAGGCCAACAAUCUCGUUCGCCUCCCGCUUCGCGUGGGCGAAUAUCUUCACAGAAACUCGAUGCCCUUCAACAGUUCCCUCAGCGGAAACCAGACGCUGUAUUACCCUUUAACCGCAAUCAAGUCUCACACGGAAAUCCUUCCCCCCCUCCUUUAUUUUUUUCGAACUGCAGAAACCAGACUGAAAGAACGAGCUAAAAAUAAAUAAAAAAUAUGGCUAGUCGUGCAUAGCAGCAGAAUGCGAAGUCCCGGGUUCAGCAUUCCGCGCCUUCAUUCCGCGUGACGAUGCCCAGUGGCGGUGAGUGGCAUGGACGCCACGCACGUGCCGAGCAUCAUUGAGGGGCGCCGGCCGAUCGACGCCGAUCUGAAGCGAGAGAUUGACAGCGUGUUCUCGCAAACACUCGCUUUGCGCCGGAAGGACUUCCUGGUGCAGCUGCACGUGACACCGCGAGGGCGGCGAAGUCCGCCGCCGGCGUCCGACUUUGUCAUCCUGGCGGGGAUCGGAAGCGGCUCCUUUGGGGAUGUGUAUCUGGUGAGGUGGCACGGCGCCGCCGUCAGGCGACACGUCGCCAUGAAGGUGCUCUCCAAGGAGAAAAUUGUGGGGCGGAAACAGGUUCGUCACGCGAUCGAGGAAAAGCGGUUAACGGCAGCCAUGUCGUACCCAUUCGUCAUGACAUUGCAUGCCACGUUCCAAGAUAAUGCCAAUUUGUUCAUGGUGAUGCCGUACAUGCCCUGCGGCGAUCUUUUUGCCUACCUGUGUUCACGCACAGACAUGGAGGCCAACACUGCCGUGUUCCUCACUGCCCAGGUUAUUCUGGGCAUCGAGUACUUGCACAACAACGACAUUGUCUACAGAGAUCUCAAACCGGAAAACAUCAUGAUGGACACGAAAGGCUAUCUGAAAAUCGCAGACUUCGGCUUUGCCAAACUAGUGCAUCUCAGGGCGUGGACAUUUUGCGGCACGCCGGAAUACAUCGCUCCCGAAAUCAUCAAAAAUGUUGGAUACUGGAAACCGAUUGACUGGUGGGCUGUCGGGAUUCUCAUUUAUGAACUGCUCGUCGGUCGGUCCCCUUUUCACGCCAAAAGCGACGCGGAAAUCUUUGAGAAAAUCCUGGAAUGCAAACCCGAUUACCCUGAAAAUCUGUCUCCAGCUUCACGAGACUUGAUGCAGAAUUUGAUUGUCCUUGACCCUACUCGAAGAUACGGCAGCCUCUUCAACGGCGUCAUGGACAUCAAAUGCCACCCUUGGUUUUACCCGUACGAUUGGAUUCCGUUGCUCAACCAGAAUGUCGAGGCGCCGUUCACCAUGCCCAAGAAAAAACUGCCGCGUUCAGAUUCGGAAACUUUGAAAAUUCCUAAAAGUGAUACUAUGCUUUACGCCGACGAAUUCGUCGAUUUUUGAAUUUUGCUAUGCAAAGAUUUUCUUUGUAUCUUCUGAAUGAUAUGCUUUUCUGAAACGCCAAAUUGAUUUCUGGCAUCAGUUCCGUGCGAUGGAACAGAGACUUCCGAUAAAUCUGAUAUUUUUUUUCCACACAAGACGAACGAAUUACAGCAUCAUGAAAAAAAUGAAAACA